AAGGACAGCAGAGCUGAAGCACCUGCACAGCGGCAGUUGUGAGCACUUCUGGAGCCCAGGCUCUUCUCACAGAGGGAGGGACAGAGCAGGCAGCAGACACCAUGGAGCCCUCCUCAGCCCCUGCCCACAGAGGGCACAGCCCCUGGCAGGGGCUUUUGCUGGCAGUCUCACUCCUAACCUUCAGGAACCCGCCCAGCACUGCCCAACUCACUAUUGAAUCAGUGCCGUCCAAUGCUGCUGAAAGGAAGGACGUUCUUCUCCUUGUCUCCAGUCUGCCUGGGAAUCUUUUCGGCUUCGGCUGGUACAAAGGGGAAGGAGUAGAUUCAAAGCAACAAAUUGCGUCAUAUUUGAUAAACACACAAUUAACUACCCAAGGGCCUGCAUACAGUAGUCGGGAGAUAAUAUAUUCCAAUGGAUCCCUGCUGUUCCAGAACGUCACCCAGGAGGACACAGGAUUCUACACCCUACAAAUCAUAAAGACAACUUUGCUAACUGAAGAAGGAACUGGACAGCUCCGCGUAUACCCGGAGUUAACCAAACCCAACAUCACAUGCAACAACCCCAGCCCCGUGGAGCAUGAGGACCGUGUAGUGUUAACAUGUGAACCUGAGACUCAGGACACGACCUACCUGUGGUUGAUCAACAAUCAGAGCCUCCUGGACAGCACCUGGCUGGAGCUGUCCCCGGACAACAGGACUCUCACUUUAUUCCGUGUCACAAGGAAUGACACAGGACCCUAUGAGUGUGAAACCCGCAACCCAGUGAGUGCCCGUCGCAGUGAUCCAUUCUACCUCAAUGUUCUCUAUGGCCCGGAUGCCCCCACCAUUUCCCCCUCACACUCCUAUUACCGUGCAGGGGCAAACCUUAGCCUCUCCUGCCACGCAGCCUCUAAGCCGCCUGCACAGUAUUCCUGGCUUAUUAAUGGGAGGCCCCAGCAAUCCACACAGGAGCUCUUCAUCCCCAACAUCACUUCGAGUGAUAGUGGAUCCUAUACCUGCCUCGCCCAUAACUCUGUCACUGGCCUCAAUAGGACGACAGUCAAGACUAUCACAGUCUCCGAGCCUGUGGCACAGCCCUCCAUCCAAGCCAGCAAGACCACAGUCACAGAACAUGAGGACACUGUGGUCCUGACCUGCCUCACAAAUGACACUGGGAUCUCCAUCCUGUGGUUCUUCAAUAACCAGAUUCUGCACAUCACAGAGAGGAUGAAGCUGUCCCAGGACAAUAGCACCCUCACCAUAGACUCCGUCAGGAUGGAGGAUGCCGGGAAUUAUCAGUGUGAGGUCUCCAACCCGGUCAGUUCCAGCAAAAGUGACCUCCUCAGGCUGUAUGUGAAAUACUCAGUGGCACAGCCCUCCAUCCAAGCCAGCAACACCACAGUCACAGAAAAUAAGGACGCUGUGGUCCUGACCUGCCUCACAAAUGACACUGGGAUCUCCAUCCAGUGGUUCUUCAAUAACCAGAGUCUACGGCUCACAGAGAGGAUGAAGCUGUCCCAGGACAACAGCACCCUCACCAUAGACCCCGUCAGAAGAGAGGAUGCCGGGGAUUAUCAGUGUGAGGUCUCCAACCCUGUCAGUUCCAGCAGAAGUGACCUUCUCAGGCUGGAUGUGAAAUAUGAUCCAACACCACCAAAUUCUGCUGGCCUCUCCGCUGGGGCUAUUGACAGCAUUAUGGUUGGAGUCCUGGCUGGGGCAGCUCUGAUAGCUCCGGUGUCCUUUCUGUACAUCUGAAAGA